GAUUUCCGAAACCAACCAAGAUGUCUGCGCCCAUGAAAAGAUUCACGCAGGACGGAGAAAAAGGUGACAUUAACAAUGAAAAACGAUCAACAACCCAUGACAGUGAUUUUAAACGAGAUGCUUUUGUUACAUGGUCAAUUAAGAAUAACUUCCAGAUGAGUGACAAGGUGUCGGUAAAGAGGGAAGGGUCUUGCGCACAGUAUGGUAUGGUAGCUACAGAAGAAAUACAGGAGGGUGAAGUUCUUUUUCAGAUCCCAAGAUCAUGCCUCAUAACUCCUGAUACAUGUGCAAUUGCUGAUUGUCUUAAAAAGGAUGCUGAAUCUAUACAGGGAAGUAGUGGUUGGGCACCAUUGCUGAUAGCAUUGCUGUAUGAAUACAACAACCCUCAGUCCCACUGGCGGCCCUACCUAGAUCUCGUACCAGACUUCAAGGAGCUGGACCUCCCCAUGUUCUGGCCAAGUGAUGAAAGAAAAGAUCUGCUUCAAGGUACUGGAGUAGAUGAAGCUGUUACCAAGGAUCUUGCUAAUAUUGAAAAAGAGUUCAAAGAAGUUGUCCUUCCAUUUGUUAAGAAACACAAAGAUAAAUUCAGUCAAGUUUGUGAAAACGUGGAAUUUUACAAGAAGAUGGUGGCAUUUGUGAUGGCAUACAGCUUCACUGAGCAUGCUCAACAGGAAGAGGAAGAUGACGAUGAUGAAGAGGAUUCUGGGAAUCCACCACCCAUGAUGGUUCCCAUGGCAGACAUUUUAAAUCAUAUUGCUAAAAAUAAUGCACAUCUAAACUUUGAGAAAGAGGCUUUAAAGAUGGUCGCAGUAAAAGAUAUUAAAAAGGGAGAGGAAGUAUAUAACACGUAUGGAGAGCUGGCUAACUUGCACCUUCUACACAUGUAUGGUUUUGCUGAGGAAUACCCAAACAAUCACUGGGAUACUGUGACUGUAGCUGUGUCAGAUAUCAUUGAAGCUUCAAAGCAGUUAAACUUUAAUACUGGCGACCUCCUAAACAAGAAGAUACAGCUAAUAAAUGAAAUGUUUGGAAGUGAUGCUAAUGUUGUUGUUGGUAUUGAUGGUGUACUUGAAGAGCAAGAAAUGAAGACUGUAUUAAAGAUCUGCUGUGAAGAAUCCAAGGAGGUUCUGAAUGAGUUAAUAGAUGAUGGAUGGGAAAGUGAUGAUGAAGAUACUUCUCUGGAAUUUAAAUGCCUCACCAGUCUCCCAGACAGCUGGAGAUCAGUUCUUUGUAGGUGUGCAGAACUAGGCUUACAGAAAUACAGGACAACACUCACGGAGGACCAGGAAAAAUUGAAAUCAUCAAUGCUUUCAUCUCGGCAAAGAUAUUCAUUAUAUACUGCUUUUGGACAAAAACAGAUUUUACAGAAAAUGAUAGAUGCUUAUGAAGUCUAAAUGCAAUACAAUUAU